UCGGCUCCAAGAUCCAUGUGGCAAGAGGCAAUAAGGAGGAAGCGGUAUCUCCUGGACCGGGCAGGGGAGUCUGGUGAAGGGGAUAAAGGAGGGGGACGAGGUCACGAGAAGAGGAACAGUUCCCCGGAUUGGCUGUAUGAGUCCUACUACUGUAUGAGCCAGCAGCAUCCUCUGAUUGUGUUUCUGCUGCUCAUAGUGAUGGGAGCCUGCCUGGCUCUGCUGACUGUGUUUUUUGCUUCGGGACUGAACAUUGAGGACCACGUGGCCUUUGUGAUCACUGUGCCCACGGCGCUGGCUAUCUUCCUGGCGGUUUUUGUACUUGUCUGCAUUGAGUCCAUUUUCAAGAAGCUUCUCCGGGUUUUCUCCCUGGUCAUCUGGGCCUGCUUGGUUGCCAUGGGUUACCUUUUUAUGUUUUCUGGCGGGAUCAUCUGUCCGUGGGAUCAGGUGUCAUUCUUCCUGUUCAUUGUGUUUGUGGUUUACACCAUGCUGCCGUUCUCCAUGCGGGACGCCAUCAUCGCCAGCGUCCUGACAUCCGCCUCUCACACCAUUGUGUUGAGUGUCUGCCUGUCCACCACAGCUGAUCACAUGGGACCAGUCGUAUGGCAGAUUGUGGCCAAUAUUAUCAUUUUCAUGUGUGGCAAUAUGGCGGGGGCGUAUCACAAACAUCUGAUGGAGUUGGCUCUCAAACAGACUUAUCAUGACACGUGCAACUGCAUCAAGUCCCCAAUUAAGCUGGAGUUUGAGAAGAGACAACAGGAGCGUCUCUUGUUGUCUCUGCUGCCAGCUCACAUCGCCCGCGUGAUGAAAGCCGAGAUCAUCCAGAGACUGAAGGGCCCAAACUUCGGCCAGAUUGAGAACACAAACAAUUUCCACAACCUCUAUGUCCAGAGACACACUAAUGUCAGUAUACUCUAUGCUGAUAUUGUGGGCUUCACACGGCUGGCCAGUGACUGUUCACCUGGAGAGCUGGUGUACAUGCUGAAUGAGCUGUUUGGCAAAUUUGAUCAAAUUGCCAAGGAAAAUGAAUGUAUGCGGAUCAAAAUCCUUGGCGACUGUUACUACUGUGUGUCCGGCCUGCCAGAGUCUUUGCCCAACCAUGCAAAGAACUGCGUGAAAAUGGGUCUGGACAUGUGUGAGGCCAUCAAGAAAGUGCGAGAUGCCACUGGGGUUGAUAUCAACAUGCGCGUCGGUGUGCAUUCUGGGAAUGUCCUGUGUGGAGUGAUUGGACUUCAGAAAUGGCAAUAUGAUGUUUGGUCACAUGAUGUCACGCUGGCCAACCAUAUGGAAGCAGGAGGUGUACCCGGGCAAGUCCACAUCACCUCAGUGACACUGGAGCACCUGAAUGGUGCCUAUAAGGUGGAAGAUGGGGAUGGGCAAGAAAGAGACCCUUACCUGAAGGAGCAUGGAGUCAUCACCUAUCUGGUCAUCAACCCAAAGGUGGAGCGCCGGAGCCCCCAGAAUUAUUACCGUUCCAGACACACUGUGGACGGAGCGAAGAUGAGAGCCUCCGUCAGGAUGACCCGCUACCUUGAGUCCUGGGGAGCCGCCAAGCCGUUUGCCAACCUGCACCACAGAGACAGCAUGACCAAUGAGAAUGGGAAGAUCAACACAGCUGAUGUGCCGAUGGGGCAGUAUCACUUCCAGAGGAGAUCAGAAAGAACAAAGUCUCAGAAGAAACGUUUUGAGGAGGAACUGAACGAGAGAAUGAUCAGGACCUUUGAUGGGAUAAAUUCGCAAAAGCAGUGGCUCAAGUCCGAAGACAUUCAACGAAUAUCGUUAUUCUUUCACAACAAAUCCUUGGAGAAGGAGUACAGAGCAACAACCUUGCCGGCCUUCAAAUACUAUGUCACCUGCGCCUGUUUGAUCUUUUUCUGCAUUUUUAUUGUGCAGAUUCUCGUCCUUCCAAAGACAACUAUCUUGGGGAUAUCCUUUGGAAUCACUUUUCUUAUUCUUUCCAUGAUCCUCCUCAUAUGUUUUAUUGGACACUUCCUGCAAUGCAGUAAAAGUGCCUCCAGUUCUUGGAUGUGGCUGCUGAGGUCAUCAGUCAUUAUUGCCAACAAGCCAUGGCCCCGCAUCACUCUCACCAUGACAACCACAGCUCUAAUACUCAUAAUGGCAGUCUUCAACAUGUUUUUUUUAGAAGAAAAUUUGCUGCCUCCUGUUCCUGUUUACAAUUCAUCCAAUGAAACAAAGUUUUCCCCUAAUGGACAACUAAUUGCCUUCACGGGCAAAAACAAUUUCUACCUUCCCUAUUUAAUUUACAGUUGCAUUCUGGGCCUCAUCUCUUGCUCUGUGUUCCUGAGGAUAAACUACGAGCUGAAGAUGAUUAUCAUGUUGACAGCUGUUGUGGUUUACAAUGUCAUUAUUCUACAAACACAUGCCUCUCUGCUGGAUGAAUAUAGCAGAUUUCUCUACAAGACUGAAAGCCUGGACAGACCAGGAGUUCUCAAAGACCUCAAGACUAUGGGCUCUAUCUCCCUCUUUAUCUUCUUCAUCACUCUGCUUGUACUUGCCAGACAGAAUGAAUAUUACUGUAGGUUAGACUUUCUGUGGAAGAACAAGUUCAAGAAGGAGUGUGAGGAGAUUGAAACCAUGGAGAACCUCAACCGGGUUUUGUUGGAGAAUGUUCUGCCCGCACACGUUGCAGAACAUUUCCUGGCACGCAACUGGAAGAAUGAGGAUCUGUAUCACCAGUCCUAUGACCUGGUGUGUGUCAUAUUCGCCUCCAUCCCAGACUUUAAAGAGUUCUACACUGAAUCUGACGUCAACAAAGAAGGAUUAGAGUGCCUCAGGCUGCUCAACGAAAUCAUUGCUGAUUUUGACGAGCUGCUGUCCAAACCUAAAUUCAGUGGUGUGGAAAAGAUCAAGACUAUUGGCAGCACUUACAUGGCUGCUACUGGGCUCAAUGCAUCACCUGGGCCUGAGUACACAUCACAGGAGCACGACCGGCAGUACAUGCACAUCGGGACCAUGGUAGAGUUUGCAUUUGCCUUGGUGGGGAAGCUGGAUGUUAUCAACAAGCACUCCUUUAAUGACUUCAAACUCAGAGUUGGUAUUAACCAUGGUCCAGUAAUAGCUGGAGUCAUUGGAGCCCAGAAACCACAGUAUGAUAUCUGGGGGAACACGGUGAAUGUAGCCAGCAGAAUGGACAGCACUGGAGUCCUGGGAAAAAUACAGGUGACGGAGGAGACAAGCCGCAUCCUUCUGACACUGGGCUAUAUGUGCUCCUGUCGAGGCAUCAUCAACGUCAAGGGCAAAGGAGAGCUCAAGACCUACUUUGUGCACACAGAGAUGACCCGCUCACUGUCCCAAGGGAAUGUAAUGCCCUAA